AUGCACAACGUGCCAACUUGGGAUCACAAAAACCCAGAGGACUUCCGCGAAGCUGCGCGCAAGGAUCUCACCGAUCGAUACAACACUACCAGUUUCGUCCGUGCCAAGGUCGAAAAGCUCACGAAACUGCCAGACGGCAGCUUCGAGGCCUUGGACAGCGAUGGGAGGAUUUACAAAGGGAAAAAGGUUGUUCUAGCGACCGGUGUCCAGGAUUUGUAUCCAGACAUCGCAGGUUACGAUGACUGCUGGGGUCGUGGAAUUUACCACUGCCUAUUUUGCCAUGGAUACGAAGAGCGCGGCGCUACUCAGGCCGGCGUACUUGCUGUCGAAGACAUGGCAGACAUGAUGCAUUCAACUGCAGUGGGCUGCAUGGCCCAGAGAUUAGCCAAGAAGGUUGUGGUGCUGACAAAUGGCAACACAGCUUUGUCCGAGGAGAUACAAGCGGCUUGCACAGAAAAGGGACUGGUCGUUGAUCCGAGAAGGAUCGUUCGAUUCAACAAGGUACUGGGGAACACGGCCGACGUCAAAAUUGAAUUCGAGGAUGGGGCUGAGGAGGUGUUCGGUUUCAUUGCGCACAAACCACGAAGUAAGUUAAACGGGCCGUGGGCGGACCAGCUCGGCGUGGAGCUGACCCCCGGGCUGGACUUGAAGGUGAACCCACCUUUCAACGAGACCAGCAUUCCUGGUGUUUUUGCUGCGGGAGAUUGUGCCAGCCCAUUUAAGGUGGUCGCGGGGGGCAUUUCAAUGGGACUGUUUGCAGCUAAUGGUGCCGCCAUGCAGGUGCAACAAAGCAAAUGA